AGGACAAGGAUCCGGAUUAGAAUUUAGAAAAGAACCAUUAGCUCAAUAUAAAAACAAUAGAAGUCAACGGAAAGUCCUGAACGUAGAGAAUCAAACGUCUGUGUCUUCGUCAAAUAGAAACAAAGAGAGCAAGACGGAGAGGGGGAAUCGUAUUUCAUAUUCAAUUUUAAACCCGCGCCUCCCAAUGCCAAUUACGUGGCUUAACUCAAUGCAUAACAUCCAUAUGUGAGUUUAUGCACCUUGCAGGCAAAGUUUCAAGGGAACUGCCUCCCACCAGAUCUCCGAGGAGUAGAAGAGAAGAAAGGACGUUCACGUUUGCCUCCUCUCCACACUACUUUAGUGAAGGUGGAAGAAGCCGAUGGACGCGAUGUUUGAUGCAGACAACUGUUCGCUAACCUGCACGGCCGGUUAGAAUGGUGCGGCUUUGUCGAGGAGACGGAGGAACGUUACAUGUGUUGCCCUGCGUAAGGAAGCGGUGUGAAAGAAGAACGGAUCUCUAUUGCGCUUCUAGUUAAACGCAUCUGGAGAAUCGCACACAUCGGUCAAGUCAUGUCUUUUGAAUUCCGAAUACUGAUGUUCGGAAUCGGGACAGCCCUGGUUAUAUUUGUGAUCAUAGCUGAUAUAUCGGAAGUGGAGGAAGAAAUCGCGAACAUUGAGGAUUCACAGAAAUUUCACUUAAAAAGCUUUGUCCUUCAGUCCAACAGAAAUUCAGUCUUGAAUGCUGCUCCUACUUCACUAGUCACCUAUAGAAAGAGCAAAGUCUCCUCUUCUCCAGUUCCACUGCCAGGCAUAAAGAGCAAAACCAGCAAUUCAUCCUCACCAGAAUGGACUUUCAACAGAACCUUGUCUAACCUCAUCAGGAAAAACAUUUUGAGGUUCCUGGAUGCUGAGAGGGACAUCUCAAUCCUUAAGAGCACCUUUAAACCCGGGGAUGUCAUUCAUUAUAUAUUUGACCGCCAGAGCACCACAAACAUCUCCGAGAACCUGUACCACCUUUUGCCGACGGUGUCUCCCAUGAAGAACCAGCAUUACAAACAAUGUGCCAUCGUAGGGAACUCUGGGAUACUACUGAAUAGCAGCUGCGGCAGAGAGAUUGAUUCACACGACUUUGUCAUCCGGUGUAACCUGGCUCCAGUAGAGGAGUACGCGACUGAUGUGGGCCUGCGCACCAGUCUGGUGACCAUGAACCCUUCUGUGGUGCAGCGUGCUUUUCAGGACCUGCACAGCGACGAGUGGGUACAGCGCUUCGUCCACAGGCUGCAGAGUCUCAGCGGGAGCGUGCUGUGGAUCCCUGCCUUCAUGGCUAAAGGAGGAGAGGAGCGAGUGGAGUGGGCGAUCCGCCUAAUUCUUCUGCACACCGUGAACGUCCGUACCGCCUUCCCCUCCCUGCGUCUGCUCCAUGCUGUCAGAGGAUACUGGUUGACCAAUCACGUCCAGAUUAAAAGACCCACCACCGGGCUCCUGAUGUACACCAUGGCCACCCGCUUUUGCGAUGAGAUCCACUUGUACGGCUUCUGGCCUUUCGCCCACGAUCCAGAUGGCAAACCGGUCAAGUACCACUACUACGACACGCUAACUUACCACUACACAUCCAGUGCCAGUCCACACACGAUGCCUUUGGAAUUCCGAACUUUAAGUGCUCUUCACAGACAGGGGGCGCUGCGGCUGCACACCGGACCGUGUAAACUUCCAACAUGAGCGCUCGCCGCCUCGUUCCGAACGGUUUCGUACACUGGACCUUAGAGGUGCUGUGGAAAAUACAGAUUACCUGAAUGCUUCGGGUAAAUCUCUGACCAAAUGUGAGAAUGCAAUAUUUUUUUUGGUUCCUUUUAAAGUGUUCAACCUUGAAAAGGUUUUAAAUCUGUAAUUAAGGCUAUUUUAUAAAAAGCCCCUUGCCGUUGGUUUAUUUCUACUUAUCUCGCGUUUCAUUAAGUGUCUUAUUUGUUCAGAUUUUCUGCCAUAUUUGGCCACUAGGUGGGAGCAUAUGUUCUUUCUGUCUUUAGUCUUAGCUGUUCGGCACAAUUGUUUAAAAAAAGGUACUUAAGAAUGUCAUUUAUUUGUUGCCUUUACGGUCUAAGUGUCUGUUGAGCCCACAGACAGAACGACUGAAUGUAAGACUCUCGUCGGUUUUUACAUUUAACAUCGAGCAAUUUAGACUUAGGACGAACGUUUUCACUGGUUUGAAGGGGGUUUUCCACUACGUUGCUUACGUACGUUCUUCUAGAAGAUAUUUUGGACAAUUUAGUGCCUCAAGUUAGAGAUGACGCUAUGCUGCGUCGCGUGAGACUCGAUAAAGUUGCCUUAGAAAGACUUAGUGAAGUAGUAUUGUGAUUGUUAGCAGGCGGUGACAUUUUUGCAUUGAUGUGCGCUAGUACUUGCGGAACAUGUGAACUGCAGGCGUGUAGUUGAACGUGUUUGCACAGCGAGGCAGCUAUCGGAGCGAGUGCAGCCCCACGCUGAGAUACUGUAGCCAAAAUCCAGAACACACCCAGCUGUUCACACACUCUUGUGUACUCAAGGAUGGUCGAGCGUGAAGGGACAUUCGGUGUGUACACUUUGGAAUUUGUUAAAGCCACAUAGCAGCGGCGUUUCUGUAUCUAAGGGUUUUUUGGGGGUCGGGGUUGGAUUUCUUUUUGUAUGUGACGCAUAUUACAUGUUUAAGUGAAUGUAUUUGUGAUAACUUAUAAGUAAAAACAUACUGCUGUA